CCGGAACAUAAUCUGACAGCAGCUUUGGAGGGAGGCAGCAGGUGUAACCGGCAUGCGUAGGCUAUCUCUUUCGAUGUUUUGCUAUGCAGCACUGUGAAGUGAAUGGAUGCAACCUUCAUGCAAUGAAUUCUUUGAGUGCUAUGUACCAGCAUUUACAACAUUCCUGUAAUUGGCAGACAUCUGUUCAGGCAUUAACUCUUGCUGAGAGACUGGGUGACAUCAUUCUAGAGGCUCGCUAUGGUUCUCAGCACCGGAAACAGCGUCGGAGCCGCACAGCAUUCACAGCACAACAGUUAGAAGCAUUGGAGAGGAUAUUCCAGAAGACCCACUACCCUGAUGUUGUCAUGCGUGAAAGACUGGCCAUAUGCACAAAUCUGCCAGAGGCACGUGUUCAAGUAUGGUUUAAAAAUCGCCGUGCUAAAUUUCGCAAAAUACAGCACAUUCUUCAGAAAGAGCAGUUGCCGAAGCAGAAAGAGGAGGAGCCUAAACACAAAUCACCUACAGGCUUGAGCUCAGUAAAGCAGUCCAGGGAGUACAACAACAAGGACACCUCUUACAAGCCAGAAGAAUUAACAGAUAACGUCCAGUUCCCCUACUCAACCUGUUUAGGUGUCAGCACUGGGAUCUCUCAAAUACACUCCUACACCUCUUCACCAGUCAGCCUCCUCUGCCUGCAGGAGCAGUUUUCCCAGAACACAGCCACCUCCAACAACCUGAUGCAUGUCCCCUCUUUUCAAAUGUGUGCUCCUGUUUCCAUUCCACACCUAGGAAUGAAUAUCAGUAUUCCAGCAACUCUUUCUUCCGUGCCCUGUUCUUUCAUUCAAUCUCUACCCCAUCAUUCACGAUUCUGGAAUGCCCAACCCCUUCAGGCCUCAGAUGGGCUUCCUAACCAUCAAACCACCAGCAUUGAAAACUUGUGUCUUAAAGCCAAGCACCACACAGUAGCUCUUGGUUUGGACACUCUAUCCAACUAAGUGCUAUCUGGUGUCAUGGUCUGACCAGGAAAAUCACAUCCUUCGAACACUGAAUGCAAGACUAAGUUGGCCACUGUUUUGUGUUGGUCCUUAUUCAUCAAAGAUCUACAUUUCCCAGAUAUCUUUGUGAACACACAGAUCUCACAGAAUAUUUUAUUAGAA